AUGUUCCCCGGGGAGAACCACGACCGAAAACAUGAUGUCCCGGGGAAAACCGAUGUCCCCGAAGAGAACCACGAUGUCCCCGAGGAGAACCACGAUGUCCCCGAGGAGAACCACGAUGUCCCCGAGGAGAACCACGAUGUCCCCGAGGAGAACCACGAUGUCCCCGAAGAGAACCAUGAUGUCCCCGAGGAAAACCACGAUGUCCCCGAGGAAAACCACGAUGUCCCCGAAGAGAACCACGAUGUCCUCGAGGAGAACCACGAUGUCCUCGAGGAGAACCACGAUGUCCCGGAGGAAAACCACGAUGUCCCCAAGGAAAACCACGAUGUCCCCAAGGAAAACCACGAUGUCCCCGAAGAGAACCAUGAUGUCCCCGAAGAGAACCAUGAUGUCCCCUUUGGGGGUGAGGUAACGGGUGAGGAUGAUGAAGUUGUGCUUCGACGCCUCAAUUCAUCCGUUACUCACAGCGAAAUCCUCUUGAAAAUCGCCGGACUUACCAAGCUCGACAUGCUCACAGACCACGGUGUUGAAGUAAAUUAUGUAAACAAAAAAAUUUGUCUAAGGGGCAAGAAAAGUGACGUCGUCUCCUGUUUCCAAGUUUACAAAACUUAUCUCGCCAAAUUACGCGCGAAAGAAUUGUGA